CGCAUUAAGGGAAGUGCCGCAGCGUGUUCAGCUUAGUGCGGUGGCGCUGCGUACAUUCAUCCAGGGUUUUUAUCAGCUAACCAGAAGAAACACACUUCAUCGGUUUUUAAACUGCACAUACAUAUAACGCCGCAAAAUGGCCACUGAUUCAGGCUACGGCGGUUCCCAAAGCUACGGGUCAUAUGGGGGGCAGCAGGGUGGACAGGGUUAUGGACAAGGAAAUGGAAGUGGCUCUUAUGGUGGACAAAGCUACGGUGGCUACGGACAGCAAGCCAGUGGGCAAGAUGGUUAUGGCCAAUCUCAGCAACAGGGUUAUAAUAAUUAUGGACAGGAGUCAUCUGGGUAUGGCGACAAGUCCUCUUCUUAUAGCCAACAAGGGUCCGGGUCUUAUGGACAGCAAAGUUCUUAUGGACAGCAAGGGUCCUAUGGUGGCCAGGGACAGGGAGGAGAUGGCUACGGACAACAAAGCUCCUAUGGCGGACAGAGCAGUGGUGGUGGCGCUGGUGGUGGCAGCUAUGGAAGAUGGAGUGAAGGUGAAGGUGGCGGUCAGGGUGGGAGGUUUGGGCGUGACCAGGGAGACCGUUCAGAAGGAGGCGGCUACAGAGGCCGAGGCCGUGGUGGUGGUGGUGGUGGCGGCGGUGGUGGCUAUGACCGUGGUGGUUAUGACCGCAGUGGUGGAUAUGACCGUGGUGGAUACGACCGUGGCGGAAGAGGCGGACCUCCUGGUAUGGGAGGUGGUGACCGUGGUGGCUACAAAAAUUACGGUGGCUCUCGAGACUAUGGCUCCAGGGAUGAACCAGCUGGAGAACAGGACAACUCUGACAACAACACCAUUUUUGUACAGGGACUCGGAGAAGAUGCCACAGUUCAGGAAGUUGGUGACUACUUCAAACAAAUCGGUAUCAUCAAGGUGAAUAAGAAAACUGGCCAGCCAAUGAUCAACAUCUACUCUGACAAGGCCACUGGUCGACCAAAGGGAGAAGCUACAGUCUCCUUUGAUGACCCUCCCUCAGCCAAAGCUGCUAUUGACUGGUUUGAUGGAAAAGAGUUCCAUGGCAAACCCAUCAAAGUAUCCUUUGCUACCCGCAGAGCUGAGUUCACACAGCGAGGAGGAGGUGGAAGAGGAGGACGAGGAGGUUUCAGAGGUCGUGGAGGUGGAGGACCCAACUUUGAUGUUAAGGGAGGAGACUGGCCCUGUCCCAACAGCUCUUGCGGUAACAUGAAUUUUGCACGGCGGCAGGAGUGUAACAAGUGUGGUGCACCUAAACCAGGAGAUGCAGGAUUUGGAGGUGGAGAUCGUGGAGGCAGAGGUGGUUAUGGUGGCGACAGGGGUGGCUUCAGAGGUCGUGGAGGAGGUUUCCGUGGGGGAGACCGUGGCGGAUAUGGAGGAGGCGGCGGUGGUGGAGGAUUCGGAGGUGGCUACAAAAUGGGAGGAAGGGGUGACCGCAGAGACGACAGAAGAGACCGGCCAUACUAAAAGCUGAGCAGGGGGAAACCAUUCCAGCCCUUGAGUUUGCCACGGAGGGGGGUUUAGUUGGAGAAACUAAAAUGGGAAGGGGAUGGAUCAGACGUUCUGAUUCGUCUGAGGUUUUUGUAGCCAGCGCAUCCUGAGUAUUACUGUUGACCUGAGAGUGAGGGGUGUGUUGAGCUAAUGUUAAGGGACUUUGGGGCUGAUUGGCACUGUUGGCAUGUGGUCAAACGUUUUUUUUUUUGGUUGUUUUUCUUUGUACAUCUUUUUAAUUUCCUCUCAGAUUCUAGGAUACAGAUGUUUUGUGAGGUAGACUUGGUAUCAUUGUUUUUGUAUGAACGGAAUAAAAUGUUUUACUUGG